GAGAGUCCCGGGGCUGCGGCACAGUGCAGCCAAGUGGGCGUCCGGGCCGCAGGCUGGCGCGAGGGUGGAGCUGGGAACCUAGUCCAGCACCCCCGGCCCGCGCCUGGCCUCCUUUGCGGGGCCGGGAGUUGGUUUUAAUGGUGGGAGAAGGAAUGGGGCUAGAGAUUGGGGGCCCAGGGGGCUCCCGCAGCUGAAGAUAACUAGGAUUGCCAGGGGAAGGGGUAGAGAGUUGUGCAUCCCGGCCCUAGCCUCCACCGCCCAACAUGGGCCCCGGGUUCCAAAGUUUGCGAAGUUGGGCGCCUAGGGCCCGCGGCGCGCAGAGCGUCCGGGGGCGCCCGGCACCGGACUCGCAGGGCGCACAGGUCGCCUGAGCUUCCCCGGAGGCCCCAAGGGUUGCGCGUGUGGCCUGGGGGCUCCGGAGAGCGGGCGGGGGCGCCAGGGCUUCUGCUGAGUUGGCGGGUUUGGCCAUGGCCGCUGCCCGCCUUGCACGGAGGCCGGCGCUCCUGCUCCUGGGGCUGUUGCUGCUGCUGCUGCUGUUGGGGGGCCCGGGCCGGGGGGCGGCCUUGAGCGGGAACGCGACCCGGCCUGGGCCGCGGAACGCGGGCGGGAGCGCGAGAAGGAGCGCGGCCGUAACCGGCCCUCCGCCGCUGCUGAGCCACUGCGGCCGGGCCACCCCCUGCGAGCCGCUGCGCUACAACGUGUGCCUGGGCUCGGCGCUGCCCUACGGGGCCACCUCCACUCUGCUGGCCGGGGACUCGGACUCCCAGGAGGAAGCGCACAGCAAGCUGGUGCUCUGGUCGGGCCUCCGGAACGCCCCCCGCUGCUGGGCAGUGAUCCAGCCCCUGCUGUGUGCUGUGUACAUGCCAAAGUGUGAGAACAACCGGGUGGAACUGCCCAGCCGCACCCUCUGCCAGGCCACCCGUGGCCCCUGUGCCAUCGUGGAGAGGGAGCGGGGCUGGCCCGACUUCCUGCGCUGCACCCCCGACCACUUCCCCGAGGGCUGCCCGAAUGAGGUGCAGAAUAUCAAGUUCAACAGUUCGGGCCAAUGUGAGGCUCCCUUGGUUCGGACUGACAACCCCAAGAGCUGGUAUGAGGACGUGGAGGGCUGCGGGAUCCAGUGCCAGAACCCGCUCUUCACCGAGGCCGAGCACCGGGACAUGCACAGCUACAUCGCGGCCUUCGGGGCCGUCACGGGCCUCUGCACGCUCUUCACCCUGGCCACGUUUGUGGCUGACUGGCGGAAUUCCAAUCGUUACCCUGCUGUCAUUCUCUUCUACGUCAACGCGUGCUUCUUCGUGGGCAGCAUUGGCUGGCUGGCCCAGUUCAUGGACGGUGCCCGCCGGGAGAUUGUCUGCCGUGCUGAUGGCACCAUGAGGCUUGGGGAGCCCACCUCCAACGAGACCCUGUCCUGCGUCAUCAUCUUCGUCAUCGUGUACUAUGCCCUGAUGGCCGGCGUCGUCUGGUUUGUGGUCCUCACCUAUGCCUGGCACACCUCCUUCAAAGCCCUGGGGACCACCUACCAGCCUCUCUCGGGCAAGACCUCCUACUUCCACCUCCUCACCUGGUCGCUCCCCUUUGUCCUCACUGUGGCAAUCCUCGCCGUGGCCCAGGUGGAUGGAGACUCUGUGAGCGGCAUCUGUUUUGUGGGCUAUAAGAACUACCGAUACCGUGCUGGCUUCGUGCUGGCCCCAAUCGGCCUGGUGCUCAUUGUGGGAGGUUACUUCCUCAUCCGAGGAGUCAUGACCCUGUUCUCCAUCAAGAGCAACCACCCUGGGCUGCUGAGCGAGAAGGCGGCCAGCAAGAUCAACGAGACCAUGCUGCGCUUGGGCAUUUUUGGCUUCCUGGCCUUUGGCUUUGUGCUCAUCACCUUCAGCUGCCACUUCUACGACUUCUUCAACCAGGCUGAGUGGGAGCGCAGCUUCCGGGACUACGUGCUAUGCCAGGCCAAUGUGACCAUCGGGCUGCCCACCAAGAAACCCAUCCCCGACUGUGAGAUCAAGAAUCGCCCUAGCCUCCUGGUGGAGAAGAUCAACCUAUUUGCCAUGUUUGGAACCGGCAUUGCCAUGAGCACCUGGGUCUGGACCAAGGCCACGCUGCUCAUCUGGAGGCGCACCUGGUGCAGGUUGACGGGGCAGAGUGACGAUGAGCCCAAACGGAUCAAGAAGAGCAAGAUGAUUGCCAAGGCCUUCUCCAAGCGGCGCGAGCUGCUGCAGAACCCAGGCCAGGAGCUCUCCUUCAGCAUGCACACUGUCUCCCACGACGGGCCUGUGGCGGGUUUGGCCUUUGACCUCAAUGAGCCCUCGGCCGAUGUGUCCUCUGCCUGGGCCCAGCAUGUCACCAAGAUGGUGGCCCGGAGAGGAGCCAUACUGCCCCAGGAUGUGUCUGUCACCCCUGUGGCAACUCCAGUACCCCCGGAGGAAAAAGCCAACCUGUGGCUGGUUGAGGCAGAGAUCUCCCCAGAGCUGGAGAAGCGCCUGGGCCGGAGGAAGAAGCGGAGGAAGAGGAAGAAGGAGGUGUGCCCACUGGUGUCGUCCCCUGAGCUCCACCACCCCGGCCCGGGCCCUGCCCCUGCCUCCAGUGCUGUCCCUCGACUGCCCCAGCUGCCCCGGCAGAAGUGCCUGGUGGCCGCGGGUGCCUGGGGAGCUGGGGAGUCCUACCGACAGGGAGCCUGGACCCUGGUCUCCAACCCCUUCUGCCCAGAGCCCAGCGCCGCAGCCCCCAUGGCCUGGGCGCAGGGCCGACGGCAGGGGCUGGGGCCCAUUCACUCCCGCACUAACCUGAUGGAGGCAGAACUCAUGGACGCAGACUCGGACUUCUGA